AUGGAUGUACAUAGGAAGUUAGGCCUAAUAGUCAAAUUAAUCGCACCACCAAACGCAUCAUUUUAUAUUACAAAUUCCAUAACAGAUGAAUUAACAGGAUUUCUACAGUCACAUUCACGAACGAUUCCAAGGUUAGAAUCCUUGAUUUUUGGGAUUAAAUCCAAACUAGGCGUCCCUGCUCAACAUGAAACUAUAUGGAAAACAUUUGAAGAUAUAUUAUUUCCCUUGGUCUCUAUGAACGACCCAAACGAAAUGAUACUUCAUUUAGAUCAAGGUCAUCAGCAUUUACAAACGAUUCUUCAUACAACUAAAAGUGUACCUCUUGGUACUACAUCGAUGUCAUUAAAUCCCGAGAACCUAGAAAAUCAUUCUAACAAUUCGAGAGAUCAUCUGAUGUCACCAAGCGUUUAUGCAGAAUCAUUCGAGACAUUAGAUAAGUUUUCUGAUAGACGUUCAUUAAUGUCGUCCGUGCAUAAUUAUGGGCCAAGUGAAAUAAUAGAUAAUACCACCUUAAAGGAUCUAAUAAUACCAUACUAUUCAAAUACUGUUCCAGAAAAGGAUAUAUUAAAAAGCAUACCAUAUACACUACUGGGAAUAACGUCAGAAAUGUUUCCUGUAGCGAAUGAUAUAAUUAUAAUACCAUUUAAUAUACCAAACGCUAUUAGCGGACAAUUACAUCUCUUAUUUGAAGGCGGAUUGAUUUAUCGAAAUAUUAGUUCAAGGAUCGAAUAUUACAAACAUGUUAAUAUUUCUCCACUUAAACAAGCAUUGGUUCUGGAAGUGGAAAAAUACAUGAAUAUAUAUUCUGGCUUAGUGAACCAAUUAGCUACUUCUGGUCAUAUUGGAAGUCUAAGUGCGCUAUACACAAACCUUUACGAUCCAAUCAUUCAACUAAGAACCUAUUAUUUUAUUAUGCAUAAAUUUCAAAUACUAAGAGGUGAUGAAAUACUUUCUUUAUUGAAUGCCUUAAAGACACAUGGAGAUAAAUCAAUUCAAAACAUAUGCUCGAAGUUCUACCACAACCUUAUACACCUUUAUUUUAAAUAUUUAAAGGAUUGGCUCUUACUCGGUAAACUUGAUGAUACAUACAAGGAUGAAUUCUUUAUAAAAAGAGAUGAAACAUCUACUGGCUUCAAUUUUAUUAUACCAUUUAUAUUUGACAAACCAAGAAUACCAAAAUUUCUUCCAGAGAAUACCACAUACAAAAUAUACAUGAUUGGUAAGACUUACAUAUUUAUCACUGACUUUUGUAAGGAAUUGCAAUGGGCUAACGAUUUUACGAAGAAAUACUCAUAUCGUUAUGAAAGUUUGGAUUGUUUCUCAGCAUCUUUCUCUAACCAAUUAAUUGAUUUAGUGAACGAACAAUAUCUGGAAAUUGUAAAAUACUCAUAUUUUAUUUUGAAAUCUAAAUUUUAUUAUGAAGAGAUUCUUUACAUGUUGAAAGACGUAUUAUUAAUGGGUAGAUGUGAUUUUAUGGAUGUAAUAUUUUUAAAAUCCGAAAGUAUUUUAAACCAACAAGUAAAAAGAUUGAGAAAUUAUGCAUUUACCAGAAUUUUACAGGAAUCCAUAGAAGAAUCAUCUCUAAGAAGCGUACUUAGGAAAAAUGACAACAAUUUUCUUGUUGAAAAAAUAGAUGCUCGAUUGUUAAAUAUGGGUCAAGAUUUAUUAGGUUGGGAUGUAUUCACACUAGAUUACGUUAUACACCCUCCACUCUCAACAGUUUUAAAUGUCAAUAGAAUUGAUGGAAGGAAAGAAUAUUUACAAAUUUUUAAUUUCCUGUGGAGAUUUAAAAGAAUUGAUUUUUUCAAUAAUAAAAGUAUGUUAGACACUAAAAAAUUAAUUCGAUCCUUUAAAAAGAAUACACAAUUUAGUCCAUUCAAUAAAGAUAUUACGAGUAAACUAUCAAAGUUAUCAUUACUGAGGUCUGAAAUACAACAAUUUAACUAUAAAAUCGAAAAUUAUUAUCUUCAAUUUGUGAUUGAGAAGAAUUUUAAAUCUUUACUGAAUGAUUUACAAUUAAACAAAAAUACUUAUAAAACAGCAGGUACUAUUGAUUCUACGAAUUUUGUUAAUGGUAAUAUUAGAUUUGAAGGAAUUUUAAAACCAAAAAAUGAUCUAUUAAUGUUUGGUAUUACUGAUAAUGACCAUAUUGCUGAUGACUACCCUAAUAUUGAAAAUUUGAAUGAAUUACAUAACAAAUUUUUGAAUGACAUUUUAGGACAUAAAUUAUUCUCCUCUACGGAAGAAGGAAAACAUUCCAAACAACCAUAUUCACGUUCAUUAAUAUUUAUUUUUGAAGAAAUUCUUCAAUUUAUCGACCAUUAUUCCUCACUAUGCGAAAUUGCAUACAAUAUUUUUUUACAGAUCAACUUACAAAACAAUUCGGAAGUUAAUACAUCCAUCGAACUGUUUAAUACGAGGUCACACGAAACGAUUCAUAUUUUCAAACGAUUUAAAAGGGCCACUUAUAUGUAUAUCACAGAUCUCAGGGAUGAUGGAGACAAUGAGUUGGCUCAAUUAAGUAGGAUGCUUAGAUAA